AUCAGCAUCGGCAUGCAGGGGGCAUUUGUGGAGCGCUGGCACAAGGAGACGUCAUCUUUCCACCUGCCGGUUGGGGAGAUGACGAUCACCUUGCACGACGUGCAGUGUCUUCUCCACCUGCCGAUUAGGGGGCCGCUGUUGGACCACUCCCGGAUCCAGAGGGUCGAGGCCAUCGAGUGGAUGACGCUCUAUCUGGGCAUGGAGGAGGAGGUUGCUCACUUUGAGUGCGCCACGACAUUUGGGCCUCAUAUCCGGUUCACCACACUGAAGACUUAUUUUGAGCACCAUCUGGACGCGGCUGCCGAGGCCGAGGCUGCGGGUUACGAGCUGUUCACACAGUAUCACCGCGGCUGCGCUCUUCGGUGCUGGUACAUGCAUGUGGUAGGCGCUGCAUGCUUUGUGGACAAGAGCGCCAGGUACGUCGACGUGACCUACCUCCGCUAUUUCAUGGACCUGGAUACCGUUCACCAGUGGAACUGGGGGGCAGCUACUCUGGCAUAUCUCUACCAGAAGCUGAAUGAGGCCUCCAACUGGAGGACGAGGCAGCUGGUCGGAUCCUGCACUCUGCUUACGAGCUGGAUCAUCUCCUACUUCUCCCGCAUCCACGGCUUCCACAUCGAUCCUGCGUACGUUGACGCCAUGCCCAGGGCCGCCAGAUACGCCCUCCAGAGGGGGAACGAUGCGGUGGGACCAUACCGCCUGUACCUGGACCGCACGAUGCACGACGACGUCACCUGGAGGCCGUUCGCCGACUAUGCUCAGGUUGUCCCCUUCGACGGGGUUGCUCUAUAUUCAGGCUGGUUGGCAUGCGGGACCGGCAUCAUGGUCCGGUAUCUCCCGGAGCGGUGCAUGCGGCAGUUUGGGUUCGUGCAGAUCAUACCCAGGUCACCCUUCGAGGCUGCUCCUGACACAGUGACCAGAGUGCAGCUCACUGCCAUAUGGGAGGAUGAAUUUCACUUUCAAUCUUCUUCGUCUCUCUUUUUCGAUUGCUGCUGUGUGAUUGUUGUUCAAUUAUGGAUUAAUAACGAAUUCGUUGUGGUUGGCGAAUUAUGA